AUGCCUACAAAUGGCGUAGUGGCAGAGCUGCUGGAGUGGGACAGGCAGUAUGGCGCUUAUCUGCAUCCAUCCAUCGAGAUAGCUCGUAACGAUGAAGCUGGCUACCACUGGCGAGCGACUGAACAUAUCCCGGCUGACACGACCAUCUCUGUCGCGCCACACUCACUAACCCUCUCCUACCUCAAUGCCCUGGUCGACGACAAAUUCACCGUCUUCAAAGCCCAACGCCACCAUUUCAAGAUCGAGAGCAUAGGUUUCUUCUACCUAAUGGUCCAGUAUGUAAACCGCUCGACGUCCUUCUGGAAGCCUUACCUAGACGCUCUACCAUCCCCUGACUCCGAGUUCUCCACACCGCUAUGGUUCGACGAUGCCGAUGAUCUAGCUUGGAUCGAAGGUACAGAUGUCCUACAUACCAUGCUUGGCCGUAGAGAAAUAUACGAGGAAUACUAUACCUCUGGCAUACGCGUCUUAAGCUCCUCAGGCAUAGACACGGCGCCGUAUACAUGGGACCUCUUCCGUUGGGCAAUCACAAUGUUCACCUCUCGCACAUUCUCUUCUCGUGCUAUUGCGCCGCAGGACUCAAAGUAUUGGACCACGUACAAGACGAAUGCGCAGGGACAGCGGCAGACUGUGCUGCUAGAUAUGUCUCGAACACCAGCCGAGGAUCUGGAUUUCUCUAUCCUGUUUCCUGUGCAGGAUUUUGGCAAUCACAGCAACAAUGCUAGGGUGGACUGGGCAUUUGAUCCCGGUCGGUUCAGUAUCAAAGUCAACGACCCUGUAGAGGCUGAGCAGGAGGUGUUCAACAACUAUGGACCAAAACCCAACGAUGAGCUUCUCAUGGGCUACGGCUUCUGCAUACCCGACAACCCGUUUGAUGGUGUACUCCUCACACUGAAGCCUCCGCCACUCGACUUGCAGGGAGAACUUCAUCCAAUACAUCCAGGCUACUUCAGCAGUACCGGAGAAUGGAGCAGCGAACGCACGACUGUCCGGCUUCGACACCCCAGAAUGUUCACCCCAGAGACAGCCUCACCAUCAGCACCGGCCUCCAUCUUCCACAUCCUACCAGAGCCACUUCUAGAACUCCUACUCUACAUCCUUCGCCACGAACGCGGAAUCCCCUUCGACUGGAUUCCGUUCCCCAUGAUGCACCUCCUGAACGAUGACGGCGCAAGACGAUACCUCCCGCACAUCGCCCGGAUGAUCGUCCAGUCACUCAUGCCAAAAUUACAGAAACUUCAGAACGCCGAUCUAGGAGAGCCGAAGAACCAGAAGCAGCAACAAGCUGCUAUCUAUCGCUCUGGCCAGGUGACAGCGAUCGAAGCUAAUAUCGCCGCCUUACGCACGUUCACGAGAUCCUUGCUCGUAGGUCCGGAGCAGCAGGGUCCGCGAUUCGUGACGCUGGAAGGGCUUUUGCAGACGUGGCAUUUGCACUCGAACCAGACUGAUCCUGGAUCUGCGAAUGUUUUCAUCAGCGGUAUCGAAGCUGUGGUCGGUUCGCGAGAGGUGUCGCAAUGGAGACAAGCAGGCUGGGAAGACGACAUCCUCGUCCUCGCCCUCAGCGCCAUCUACCUCGACGGUGUGGCGCAGCGGCAAGGCUGGACGCCUGAGUACCUUUUGGAUCCUACACCCUGGGGCUUGAAAGCUGCAGAGCUGGACAUGGAGCCGGAGGUUGUAGCGCGAGCGGAGGGGUUGAUGGAGAUGAUAAGGUCUUGUGCUCAAGCUGGUGUUGGUGGGGAGGGGAGUUUGUGGAGGGAUGGGAGGUGGCGUGCUGAGGUUAUUGCUAAGGUUGGGGGGAGGUGGGUUGAGUUUGAUGGGUUGAUGAUGAUGGUUCCGGGUAGUGAUGGGGAGGGAGAAGAGGCUAGACUGGUCGUAUACCUACAUGGGACGUAG